CUUGGAGCCUGUGAUUGGAGGGAAACCCCGUGGAUUUGAGCGAGACAGGCAGCUAGAAAGAAUCAGCUGUGUAGCCGGACCAAGAAUACCGUCCCAAACUCAGAACUCAGCAGCCAUGGACAAGAGCGACCUGGUCCAGAAGGCCAAACUGGCUGAACAAGCAGAGCGCUAUGAUGACAUGGCUGCUUCCAUGAAGGCAGUGACGGAGAUCGACGAGGAGCUUUCCAAUGAGGAGCGCAAUCUUCUGUCAGUGGCCUACAAGAAUGUUGUGGGUGCACGUCGCUCCUCUUGGAGGGUGGUAUCCAGCAUCGAGCAAAAGACAGACGGCACCGACAAGAAGCAGAUGGCACAAGAGUAUCGGGAAAAGAUUGAGAAAGAGCUGAAGGAGAUCUGCAAUGAUGUUCUGGAUCUGCUGGACAAGUACCUUAUACCCAGUGCCACCCCUCCUGAGAGCAAAGUGUUCUACCUGAAAAUGAAGGGUGAUUACUACCGCUACCUGGCUGAAGUUGCUGUGGGAGAUGACAAAGCUGCCAUCAUCGCAAAAUCUCAAGAGGCCUACCAGUCAGCGUUUGACAUCAGCAAGAGCAACAUGCAGCCCACACACCCCAUCCGUCUGGGCCUGGCCCUCAACUUCUCUGUCUUCUUCUACGAGAUCCUGAACUCCCCCGAGCAGGCCUGCAAACUGGCCAAGACCGCUUUUGAUGAGGCUAUUGCAGAGCUUGAUUCACUGAAUGAAGAUUCGUAUAAGGACAGCACACUGAUCAUGCAGCUGCUGAGAGACAAUUUGACACUGUGGACCUCAGACAAUCAAGCUGAUGCGGAAGACACGGAGGAAGGCAGAGAAAACUGAGUCUGCUCAUCAAACUUUCCUGUCUGCUUACUGAGGCAAAAAAAAAGAAAAAAAAUGAAACACUGAGACCAUCAUGGUUCCAGCUUCUUUCUCUUUAACUUCUCACCAGCCUCUGUCACUUGGAUACGUGUUUGUGUGCGUGUGUGUGUGUGUGUGUGAGAGAGAGAGAGAGAGUGUGUGUGUGUGUGUGUGUGAGCGAGAAAGUGUCUGAGUAUGGAAGUGUUGGUGUGUGAGUGUGGAUUAUGAUAUGGGAUGACAAGCAAGGGUGUUUGGGAGGGGUGGGAUGGGUAGUGUCUGACCUUGUAGUUUUUGAGGCACAAUAACAAUGAUUUGGGAGUCAGGGAGUCAUACAGGGGCUAAUUUUAGCUAGGCGUUAUACAUGUGCAUUAUACAUAUGUGAGACAUUGAUGCAUCCUUUGACAUUGUUGUUUAACAUGUCUGUGGUUCACCAGGAAACACACAUGAAACAGUACAGAGCCUGUAGACAGAACGAGUGUGAACGAUUUUAGUUGAGCAGGGAAUAGGUUACAUUACGUUUUUCCUCUUUCCAGAAGAAUAAUGAUAAAUAAAACCAAAAGUAAGUCUGACAUCAUGGUUUCCAUUGAGAGGGCUGGCGAGAGACAUUCCAUUCUUAGUGCCAUCUGCUCAAGAUCAUUUCCUUACCUGGACUGACAUGUCAGGGUUCUUUACCUGCUGUCUGAAAUCAUGAGACAUAGAAAACCUGCAGUUAGUCGCAAGGGUUCACCGCAGCUCAGUUCUGUCAUUCGGAUAAUGUCCCUUGAGCAGUUUGGUAAUAUUUUUCCCAUUAGCUUACUUCUAUCUCCUGUUAGGGUUUAUAUUUUGUCUUUUUAUUUUAUUUUUUCUGUUUUCUUAUCUUUUUUGUUCUUUUCCUUUGAUAUAUACCCAUUGCAUUGUUCUAAGUUUGUAAUGGAGGUAGCCAUCUGGACGGGGUAGGUUUCAUGUCCUUGGAAUUUUCAUACUGUACACCCAAACAUAAUUGUUAAUGUCAGGGGAGGGGGUUGCAAUGUAAUUUCAUGUAUGUGAAAUAAAAGAAAAUCUUAAAUCA